CCAGGAGAUGUUGGAUCUCUAAAGAGGACUUCACUGGACACCUGAAGACCGCCAAGCAAAGCAUGUGCUGGAGGGAACCUCCAAGUGGUCCUCCGCCAAGAUCAACAUCACAGUGAUGUGUGCCCAGGGUCUGCAGGCCAAGGAUAAGACAGGUUCCAGUGACCCCUAUGUGACUGUCCAGGUAGGGAAGACCAAACGGCGUACCAAGACCAUCUUUGGGAACCUCAACCCUGUCUGGGACGAGAAGUUCUUCUUUGAGUGUCACAACGCUACAGACCGGAUCAAGGUGCGUGUGUGGGAUGAGGAUGAUGACAUCAAGUCUCGCAUGAAACAACACUUUCAAACGAGAGUCGGACGACUUCUGGGUCAGACCAUCAUCGAGGUCCGCAUGCUCAGUGGGGAGAUGAUGUUGUGGUUAACCUGGGUAUUCUGGUUCUGUGUUCUAGAUAAGAGAACUGAUAAGUCGAUGGUGUCGGGAGCCAUCAGAUUGAAGCUCAACGUGGAGAUGAAGGGAGAGGAGAAAGUAGCUCCGCCCCACGGCCAGUACACCUGUUUACAUGAGAACCUGUUCCACCACCUGACAGAGGUAAAGAACAGUGGAGCGGUGAAGAUCCCAGAGGUGAAAGGAGAGGAGGCGUGGAAGGUCUACUAUGACGACGUGUCCCAGGAGAUAGUGGACGAGUUCGCCAUGAGAUACGGAGUAGAGUCCAUCUACCAGGCCAUGACUCACUUUGCCUGUCUGUCCUCUAAGUACAUGUUGUCUGGUAUUCCUGCUGUGAUGAGUACUCUGUUGGCCAACAUCAAUUCCUUCUACGCYCAUCCUACGGCCAUCACCAACGUCUCCGCAUGUGACCGCUUCAAUGCCUCCAACUUCGGGAAAGAUCGUUUUGUUAAGCUUCUUGAUCAGCUACACAACUCUCUUCGUAUUGACCUCUCCACAUACAGAAAUAACUUCCCAGCCAGUAGUAAGCCUCGUCUGGCAGGACCUGACGUCUACUGUGUUGGAACUUCAGAACCCCCCAGGGGGCAGCCCAUAGUGGUGAGAGACUGUGUGAAGGCCUGUGGUAACUCCACCAACGAGUUUCCUCAGGAGCUCAACGUGGGCAAGGUCAGUGGUGAGGUCAUGUGGACGCUGUUCGCUCAGGACAUGAAGUAUGCCUUAGAAGUUCUGUUUUACUCUGUCCCGCCCUCCUCCUUCUCUCUCCCCAGGUGGUUUUUGCCAUUUGUCCUUCAGUGGCUGGGUGAGAACGAGGACGURUCCAUGGAGUUCAUGCAUGGAGCUCUAGAGAGGGACAAGAGGGAAGCGUUCCAGCAGACGUCGGAGCAUGCUCUGUUCUCCACUUCAGUAGUGGACAUCUUCACCCAGCUCAACCAGAGCUUUGAGAUCAUCAGGAAACUAGACUGUCCAGACCUCAAGGUCCAGGCCCACUACAACAGACGCUUCGCCAAGACCAUCACCAAGGUGCUGAUGCAGUACUGUACUAUCCUGUCCAAGGAGUUCCCCUCCUACUGCCAGAAGGAGAAGAUACCCUGUGUGUUGAUGAAUAACAUACAACAGAUGCGGGUCUUGUUGGAGAAGAUGUUUGAGUGCAUGGGGGCUAAACAGCUGGACUCCGAGGCAGCGGACAUCUUGAAUGACCUGCAGCUCAAAACUGACCACUGUCGCUGGACACCUACCCUAGAGCUCCAUGUUUGGCAAGAGUCUGAGUCUGUUGCUGACACCUGUGAGAAGACGGUUCUGAAGAGAAUACUGAAGGAUCUGUGGAAGAUUUUCUGA